AUGCUAGUGGAGCAAAAUCUCAAAAGAGGUGCUAAGCUGCAAGAGCAAAGGAAGAGAGCCGCCCCACAAGGAUCCUCAAGCAUGAAUCAAGGACCAUGGAAGAAAAGAAAUGAGGGAGACAGCUCUAGUCAAAGGCAGAUACUAGGAAGUCCAUCGAAUAACUCCUGUAAGUUUUGUAACCGCGUGCAUGCUGGGGAGUGCAUAAAGGAAGUGGGGUCAUGUUUCCAUUCUGGGAAUGCUGGUCAUUUCAUUAGAGAUUGUCCAUUUCUUUUGGAGGUCAACAAGAGGCCCAACAUACCUCAAAGCUCUAGCUUCUCGAAAAUAGUAGUUCCUCUUACCUCCCUUACCAGGAAGAAUACUAAGUUUGAGUGGACUACAAAGUGUGAAGAAAGCUUCCAAGAAUUGAAGAAGCGAUUGGUGACAGCUCCAGUUUUGACAAUUCCCAAUGAGAGAGGAGGAUUUGUGGUUUAUAAUGACACUUCAAGGUUGGGAUUGGGGUGUGUAUUGAUGCAACAUGGGAAAUUCAUAGCUUACGUUUCAUGGCAGUUGAAGGCAUAUGAAAAAAAUUACCCCACACAUGAUUUGGAAUUAGCAACUAUUGUCUUUACACUUAAGAUUUGGAGACACUACUUAUAUGGCAAAAAGUGUGAGAUCUGUACAGACCACAAGAGUUUGAAGUACUUUUUCACUCAAAGGGAAUUAAAUAUGAGACAGAGGAGAUGGCUUGAAUUGAUUAAGGAUUAUGAUUGCAACAUUAACUACCAUUCAGGUAAAGCUAACGUUGUUGCAGAUGCACUAAGCAGGAAGUCAAUGGGACUAGCGGUGGCAACUCUCACCACUCAACACCAGUUAAUAAUGGACUUAGAAAGAACAGGUAUUGAGAUUGUGACUAGCAAUCAACAAGAAUUUAUGGCUAAUUUAAUGGUUCAAGCAACUUUGAUAGAUAGAAUUAAGGCUGCCCAGAAAGAGGAUUUAGUGUUAGUGAGACUAGUGGAAGAAGUGGGGAAAGGGAAUAAAUCUGAGUUCAGUAUUUCGGAAGAUGGAAUUUUAAGGUUUGGAAGUAGAGUGUGUGCCAAACAAUGA